AUGGCGGGCGAGAAGGGUCUGGUGCUGCUGAACUUCUGGGUGAGCCCGUUCGGGCAGCGCUGCCUCAUCGCCCUUGCAGAAAAAGGCCUCCCCUACGAGUACGUCGAAGAGAACCUCAUGGCCGGCAAGAGCGACCGCCUCCUCCGCUCCAACCCCAUCCACAAGAAGAUCCCAGUGCUCCUCCACGACGGCCGCCCCGUCAACGAGUCUCUCAUCAUCCUCAACUACCUCGACGACGCCUUCCCGGACACCCCGUCCCUCCUCCCCUCCGACCCCUACGAGCGCUCGCAGGCUCGCUUCUGGGCCGACUACGUCGACAAGAAGGUCUACGACUGCGGCACCCGGCUCUGGAAGCUCAAGGGCGAGCCGCACGCGCAGGCGCGGGCCGAGAUGGUGGAAAUCCUCAAGAAUCUGGACGGGGCGCUCGGGGAUAAGGCCUUCUUCGGCGGCGAUGCCUUCGGGUUCGUCGACGCCGCGUUCGCGCCCUUCACGUCGUGGUUCCACAGCUACGAGAAGUACGGCGAGUUCAGCGUGGCGGAGGUGGCGCCGAAGAUCGCGGCGUGGGCAAAGCGGUGUGGCGAGCGGGAGAGCGUCGCCAAGAGCCUCUACUCGCCUGACAAGAUUUACGAGUUCAUCGGCGUGCUCAAGAAGAUGCACGGCGUCGAGUAA